UCCAAACGAAUAUAUAAGAUCUGGUUAUUUUGUAGAAAUGAAUAUGUAGGAAAUAAUGUGAUUUGCUGAGCGACAGAUGAAUUUUCAUAAAUUGAGAGUUAGAAAAUUAUGCACUUGUAUGAACCGCAGAAUUUUGGGCUGUCACACAUAAUUGAAGAAACAAUAAUUUUUAUGUAAAAAACUCCAAAAGGGAAACAAAAAGGAUCUAAAUCAUCUAAUCCUCUUGUAAAAAUCCAAUAGUUGUGAGAACAAAUAGAGUUGGUCCAACUGCAAGCAAUUGAAGAGUAGUUUAUAUUAAGUUACCAUCGCAGCCAUCAAAAUAGAGAUGCUGGUGGCACUGAUAAUCCUGGCAAUGAACGUCAACAACAGGUGUCGUACAGGUAGGUCAUGACAUCGUUGCUAACUUCUAUAGGCAACAUUAGUAUGAAUGGCGAUGUCUCAAGGUGGUAUCAACCCGAGUAGGAAUGUCCCUAAAGACAACAAUGAAUUUGGGUGGUGAUUUCAGACGAACCAACAACAGACAUGGGCAUGGGAUUUGGAUGUUACAUAAGAACAAUAGCUCCUUUGAAUUUUGUAGGCCAAAUAACAAUGUCUUGCAAUUUGCGGCUAUUGGCAGUAGACUUGGGGCAUACAUUACCAUAAGAUUUGGUGGAUGGUUUGGGAAAUGACUCUGUUAGGCCGGUUAAUCAUGAACCGGCACAGCCGGCUGACUCAGCUUGUCUACAGGAGGCGCAAACAGUCUGCCUCCCUUGAUGUUUUCCACCCAAAGGAUGGGCCCCACUUGCCCAAUUGAUUUCAAUUUGAAAAGGAGGGGAGGGCUAGGGCCCGGGAGGGAAAUUAGAUUAUAAAAGCUUUUGUAUUAAAGAGGAUGAGAGGAUUAGGGAAGAUUAUAUUUUAAUUGAUUGGAAUUAGGGUUUCUUAGCGACAUGGGCUCUAGACUCUCUUGUCUAGAGAUUGGGAGAGACGACCUCUUUCUUCCCUCUGAACAGGAUCCAUAUAGGGUCUUCUUUUUUCUCCUUCCAUGAUUUCCACCUUAUCUUCCACCCUACGAAUGUAAGAAUUCGUCUUUGCCCUUCCACCCCCUUUGAUUUUCUUCAUCAUGUCCCAGAAAACAUCAAGGGAGGCAGACUGUUUCCGCCUCCUGUAGAUAAGCUGAGUUGGCCCUUGGGCCGGUUCAGGGUGAGCCGGCCUAACAAUACCGCCCUCCAAAAGAAUCACCUUGUCCUCAACGUGAAAACCAGGAAACUGAUGUUUCACCCUCUCGUAUGGCUCCCACGUGGCCUCGUAAUCAUGAAGGUUUUUCCACUUGAUCAAUACUUAGUUCCAUCUUCUUUAUGGCGAACCCCCAUUAGCUCUAAGGGCUUCAGAACCACCUCUAAAUCCUCAAUAAGUGUCGCCGGUAACUCGAGGUUGGAAAUAUAGUCACCAAUGGCCUUUCUCAACUGCGAUACAUGAAAAAUCGGAUGUAUAGUCGCCGUUGGUGGGUAUGGGGAACGCCAAGAGGGAUAUUAUAGUCGCCGAGGUGCUGAUUUUGAUGAAAGAAUGGGGGAAUUCGAAUGGGGUUUGGACUAUGACAGGGUAAGGGAAAACCAUGAGACAUUGGGAGGGCCUAGCGCUUAGGAGAGAGGAAGCUAUGAAAGAAUAAGGGGGAAUGAUGGCGAUCAUAAGGUUAGGAAGUUGAAGAUGCCCAUAUUUGAAGGAGAAUAUAUGUAUGAGUGGAUUUUUAAGGUGGAGCGAUACUUCGCCGUCAAUGGACUGACGAGGGAGGAGAAGCUAACAGCGGCAUACUUGUGCUUGGAAGGAAAAGCUCUAUCUUGGUAUCAUUGGAGAGAUCAGAGGAGACCUAUUAGAAACUGGAGGGAAUUCAAUGACUGCAUAAUAGAACGUUUCCAAACCGACCAGGUAGGAGAUUUCUAUGAGCAGUUAUUUGCUUUGACGCAUGAGGGAUCAGUAGUAGAUUAUCAAGAGCGAUUUGAGCACCUAGCCAGUAGGCUGGAGCAAUUAUCAGAUACAAUAUUGGAGAUGAAUUUCAUGAAAGGGUUGAAGGCAGAGGUCCGAGCAUCAGUGAAUGUUCUAAUGCCCCGUGACUUGGGGGAGGCCAUGAAGUUGACCCAGCUGGUUGAAAAUCAGAGAAAUCUGGAGAAGGGAGCCAGGAGUAGCAGCACAGGUGGCACUUACAGGAUGAAGACUACUCAUCUAGCACCUAAAGGUCCUGCAAUAGGAGGUACUCGGGAGGCCACCAAGGAGAAGACAGUAGGAGGAGGGAGUGGGGGAAAUUUCAAGCAGCUGAUAGAAAAAGAGAUGAAGAGAAGAGGGCUAAGGGGUUGUGCUCCAUGUGCGAUGAAAAGUAUUCGCCUGGGUAUCGGUGCAAGGACCGAACUCUUCGGGUUCUCACCAUCUGUGAUGACGAGGAACUGAUGAGAGAGGUAAGGAGGAGACAAAGGAGGAGAUGGAGGAUAAGCUGCAUUUGGAUCUAGAUGAGGUUUCCCUGAACUCAGUGGUAGGAUUCAUUACGAAUCAUACCAUGAAAGUGAAGGGGGAGAUAGAGAACAAGGAGGUGGAGGUGUUGAUUGAUAGUGGGGUUACUCAUAAUUUCAUUUCUACUCAGGUCGUUGACCAAAUGGGAGUGAGAUUGGUGGAUACAUGUUGUUACGGGGUGAUGAUGGGUACGGGGAAGAUGGAGAAAGGCCAAGGGAUUUGUAGAUGAGUGCUAUUGACUAUCCAUGGGAUUCAGGUGGGGGGAGAUUUUCUUCCACUAGAGCUUGGGAGUACAGAUGUUAUCCUGGGAAUGAAAUGGCUACAGACUUUGGGAGACACCAAAGUGAAUUGGGGAGCACUCACGAUAGAGUUGAUGGUAGAUGAAAGGAAUGUGGUAAUUAAGGGAGAUGCAGGGUUAUGCAAAUUUAUUGUUUCUCUUAAAACUAUGGUGAGGGAUAUACAGUUGGCAGGCGGAGGAUAUUUGAUGGAGCUGCACAGUUUGGAGGGGGUUAGAUUGGAAGAGGGAUGGGACAUACCCCUCUCUAUACAGUCGUUGAUUCAGCAGUUCCAAGAGGUGUUUCAACCACCUCAGGGAUUGCCACUGCAGAGGGAGCAGGAGCACGCCAUCAUUUUGAGGGAAGGUGUGUCACCCAUCAGCGAAUGGCCUUAUCGCUACUCCCAAUUUCAGAAAGAUAAAAUUAAAAAGUUGAUUAGAGAGAUGCUAGAGGCAAGAAUCAUCAGACCAAGCCUUAGUCCUUUCUCUAGUCCAGUUCUAUUGGUGAAGAAAAAAGACGACAGCUGACGAUUUUGUGUGGACUACAGGGCGCUAGUGACUAGUAAUAUUGUUAUGCUAAAAUGAGUAUAAUGUAUAAGAGCAUGUAAACGACAAAUUAGCAUAAGGCGUCAUGAUUCUUGUUACAGAUUGGAACGAAGUGACUAGUAAUAUUGUUAUGCUAAAAUGAGUUGAUCAUAUAAAGGGUCUUUGAUUUCAUUAUUAUAAUGCAUAAGAGCAUGAUCCAAUCUAGAGAAAUGAGCAAAUCAAUGACCUACAUGUAUCAUUGAAGCAAUUCAAAGACAUGCAUUAUUACUUACAAAAAAAAAAAAACUUUUUAUCCUAAUGAGGUAGAUGUUAAAACCGUUAUUAUUGGUCCUUAGACUAGAUGAGAAAAGUUGAGUUUAUUUCAGAUCGACAAUCAAUCAUUUAUGUUCAAACUAAGAAUGUAGACCCCAAAUAGUUGGGAUAAAGCUAAUAAUCAAGACGAACGUAAAGAGCUCUCUUAAUUUAUUUAAAAUUUUUAUUUGUUGGUGGAUAACAUUUUGCAACACCAAACUUGCCCUUUCUCUCACACUAUGUGCUAAAAAAAAUUAAAAAUAUUGAGAGAGAGCGGGAGGGGGGAAGAAUGAGAUAGUGGGGGAGGGGGAUGAGAUAGAAAUAACCUAGCAUGCCAUUAUGAAAUUUCACAAUAGACCCUUCUAUUGAAACAAUCUUGUGACAAAGGAUGGUCAAAACAAGGUAGAAGAUUAAACCAAAUUUUCUACCUUAAAGAAGAAAAUGUCAAAGUCUCCCAUAAAGUUUCCAUGAUGGGAAGAAGCCUAGUUUUGUUUGAGAUAAUUAGCAGUAGAAGAAAACCGGCAAGGGCUGAUGAAAUGCAUAAAUUAUCUCCAUAUAUGAGAACUAGCUUGAGUGCUCAAUGAUAACAUGUCCAUGGGAUAACUACAUGCUGAACAAGGCUAAAAAAUCACUUAUGAGGAAAUAAAUGUCGAAGUU